AUGGCGAGUGAAGAGAAAGACGGCAGCGUAAAUUCUUCAGUCGCUCAAGCUAUCGAUAAUUCUGCCUCAUUAGAAAUUGAUCAACCUACAGAAAGUACUAUGUCAUCAGGAAAGAAGGUAGAUAAGAAUUCUGAAGUAUUCUUUUUCAAGGGGAGACUGAUUUGUGGUCCGGAUCCAAAAGGGCUGAUUUUAACUGCCAUUGCUAUUAGUCUAUCAAGUUGGACAUUUGCGGUUCAUGUUGCAAGUGAUAUAAGGAAUCCGGCCAUCAUCAUAACAUCUUCAAUUUUGACAACAAUUGUUAGAUUGCCCUCAAUGCAGGUUCUUGUGAGCUUGGUAUUUGUCAGUACCAUUGAUCCUGGUAUAAUUCCUAGAAAUAAUCUAGGAACAAUUGAUGCUGGUAAACGCAGAAGGAGAUCAAGGGUAGUUGUCAUAAAUGGGAUAGAGGUGAAGUUGAAGUAUUGUAACAUUUGUAACAUUUAUCGUCCACCAAGAACCUGUCAUUGUGCAACUUGUAGCAAUUGCAUCCAACAAUUCGAUCACCAUUGCACCUGGAUCGGGCAUUGUGUGGGACUGAGGAAUUAUCGGCUUCACGUAACAUUUCUAUUGACAGGACUGCUCUUGUUUGCCUUCAUGUUUAUCUGA